AUGAGCCAGCUACAGAUGGACCACGAGCACCAUCAGGAGUCUUUUGAAGACCACACUGGCUGGCACGAGAAUGGCCCCUAUCCGCAUCACUCGUCUCCAGUACAAGAUUUCAAUGGCUUCCAUGCCUACACCACAAUGCCAAUGGAGCCCAUCUACGGCAGUGGCAUGCACCCACCACAUCCUUCGCACCCACCGCCUAGAUCUACACAUCAACAACUUCAGCCCUUAAUCAUGCCGCAGUGGCCAAGCAUGUUGACUAGCCAGUCGACGUAUCAGCCGUCGAUCUUUCCUUCGGCGCCUGUACCAAUAACACCCGCAUCAGCAACUCCAGUCUCGGCAACAUCCACACACUCGAGGACCUCGUCAACGCCCCGAAAGACAUUAACUGACCAGGAUCGUCGACGGAUGUGCCAGUACCACGAGGACAACCCCACUGUCAAGCAGACCGAGAUUGGAGCAAUGUUUGGCGUGGAGCGAAGUACCGUUUCGAAAGUGCUGCGGCAGAAAGAGAAGUACCUGUACCAGGAUGACGGGAGCCGAUCGCCCAUCAGGAAGUCGAAGGGAAAGUUCCCUGACAUUGAGCGCGCACUCUCCAACUGGGCCAGAAACCACCAGAGGCAGGGCUACCAGCUCACAGACGCAAUCAUCCGAGACAAGGCACGAUUCUUCGCACAGACUGUGGGAAACUCGGAAAGCCAUCUGAAGGCGAACAGCACCAGUUGGCUGGAGAAGUUCAAGCAGAAGAACCAUCUCAUGGGCGCAAAAUCACGUAAAGGCUCGAUCGCAGAGGAGUCGGAAGGCGCUUCGAAUCCGCCCUCCAAUGCGCAGACACCGGGAGCCCUCUCACCUAUCUCUCCUGACGACGGCUCUCCCAUUGUUCCGACCUUGGCGGCCAAGAAGAGUGAAGACAAUCUGAAGACCGAAAGUCCUGACACGUACGACUUCUCGAAUCGACGGCCCUACAACUCGCAAAGCAGCACCUCCUUGUCCACAGUCUAUAAUGAGCAGGGACCCACUAGUCCGACAUCACUUGCAUCUCCCUUCUUUACGCCAGACUCAGCUUGCGGACCAAAUCCGUUCGUUGGCAACCGACCAGCCGUCAAUGGGCAGCCAGGGAGCAACGGCUUCCAGCGGCCACGCAGUCAGACGUUUCCGCAGCUGGUAGGUGUUGACCAAUACGCGUCGCCGCCGGCGUCGUCAGAGGCGAUGACUCCACAAUACAUCAGCAGCACCUCACUCGAUUCACCCAUGAUAGAGAUGGGCGAUCCAUUAGCUUCUAUCGACGAGGCAAUGUCUGUAUCGCCUACACAGAUCUCGAACUCGAUGCAACCUCCACCUCUACCGACAGCUUCCCCUGGAGGCACCAAAACAACAGGCUCACCGGUGACACCUUCCCAGGAGGAGGCAGCACGCGCUCUAGAGCUGGUCAUGAGCUUCUUCAGGUCACAAUCGGCGGAUUUUGUGGUUGCGCCCGAAGAGUACAUGACGAUCGGCAAGCUAAUGGAGAAGCUUCGAAUCAAGGGCCACUCCGAGAGCUUGCCAUCGGGCAUUCGACGUGCGUCAGAGCCCGAUUACACAGUCACCAAGCUGGAGACUGUCGACGUUUUGCAAUAG